AUGGCCAGUAUGUCCGACUCCUCAAACAUCAGCAUCGAUUCUGCUUGCAGGAGCACGGAUAUUGAGCGUGAUGAGAUUUUGCCCACUGCUGAUGCCUCCAUUGUUCACGCGCCCCUUACCGACCGCCCUGUCAACGCUUCCGAGAAGUGCCGUAAUGGUUUCGGAAAAGUCGCCCGCGGCCGCGUUGAUGAAACGCCCGAGCAAGUUGAAGCCCGGCUGGAGACGAUGCGUAGCGCCGUGAGGACGCUGCUCGAAUGCUUGGGCGAGGACCCCAACCGUGAGGGCCUGUUGGCCACGCCGUCACGGUAUGCGAAUGCGCUGUUAUUCUUAACCAAGGGCUACCGGAUCAACGUGGAUGAUGUUGUCAAUAAUGCACUCUUUGACGAGGAGCAUCAUGAGAUGGUCAUUGUCAAGGGCAUUAAGUUCUCCAGCUUAUGCGAGCACCAUGUUCUGCCCUUUACGGGAAAGAUUCACAUCGGUUAUAUCCCCUCUGGGAAAGUCAUUGGGCUCUCUAAGCUCCCCCGCAUAGCCGAGAUGUUCUCGCGACGGCUGCAGAUUCAGGAACGCCUCACUAAACAGGUCGCUGAUGCUAUCAUGGAAAUCAUCGGCCCUCGGGGCGUCGCGGUUGUCAUAGAGUCGUCCCACAUGUGCAUGGAGAUGCGUGGCGUUGAAAAGACAGGCACCGCUACUAUCACGAGCUGCGUCCUCGGCUGCUUUAAGGAGGAGAAGAAGACGCGUGACGAGUUCAUGAGCCUUAUUGGCGUAAAUAAAACAGGAGUAUAG